AUGAAUGAUCGGAAGAUGAAUUGGUGGAGGAAGAAGGCGAAGAAGGACUCAGAAGCAAAUCAACGGCUGAGAUUGUUCCAAGAGAACGGCAAGGUCCUCUUAGAAGAUCUCAUCGAGCUUUGCAAUGGCAAAUCCAACCCGAUCAAGACUUUCUCUGCUAACCAAAUCAUCGAAGCCACCAACAAUUUCAGCGAGAGUAACCACCUGAUUCGGUUCGAGUUUAUGUACAGAGGUAUGCUCGAAGCCCGUCCUGUCCUGAUCAAAAGAGCCAUAUGGAAUUUGUACACGUCUGAUACAUUGCAAAAGAUCUGUCGCGACAUAGCGGUCUCGUCAAUGGUGAGUGGUCACAAGAACUUCCUCAAAUUGUUAGGAUGCUGUCUUGAGUUUGAGUAUCCGGUCUUAGUUUGUGAGUACGCAGAACGUAUACCUCACAUUAGUCCAAGUUUGGGAAUGCUUUCUUGGGGGUUGGGAAUGCGAAUUAAGAUAGCUAAAGAGAUUGCGAUUGCGGUUUCUUACCUUCACACCGCGUUCUCAAGAACGAUGAUCCAUAUGGAUGUACAGCCUUCUAACAUAUUCUUGGAUUCGAACGGGACAGCAAAGCUAAGUGGGUUUUGUCUCUCUGUCUCAAUUCCAGAAGGAGAGACAUUUGUUAAGGUCGAUGCUGAGAGAGUAGAAGGAGUGUUGGAUUACCUAGAGUAUAACUAUGUGACGACUGGUGUAGUCACUGAGAACACCGAUGUGUUUAGCUUUGGCGUGUUGUUGCAGAACCUUUUGACUGGAAAGUACGGAGUAGCUGAUCGUUGCAAGGGUGGUGAUGAGAGUCUGUUUGAAAAUUUUGAAUGCGUACAAAAUGUGAUGAACCUGAGGAUUUCAGAUAGGGUAUGCAAGUUUGUGGAAGAAGGAAGAAUCUUUGAGAUAUUGGAUCCAACAAUGUUGGAAAGUACGAGUGAUGAUGAAACCGCAGAACGAGAGAGACGGCGAAUGGAAGCAGCCCUUAUGCUCUCACUCAGAUGCACUGGUCAUAGAGGUGAAGUUCCAAAGAUGAUGGAAGUGGCAAAAGAACUAAAGAGGAUUGAGAGAUGGAACAGAGCAGAGAUGUCGUUGUAG